AUGUUCCAGCUUUUAGACCUGCUGGCAGAAGUACCUCCAGCCAGCAAGGAGGCAGGCGACGCCAGCAACCGCAUCACUGAGGAGCAUGACGAGGAGCUGAUGCAGCAGCCUUGGGCGCCGGACACCGGUGCCAAGAGUGCGGUGUUCAACUCCAUCCGAGAGGCUACCAAAGUCAUCUCGAAGCUGGUAAACACGGCGCCACUGGCCCAGGCCGAGCUGUUGGGGCUCCAGGGUGAGGUCAACGUCCAGGGGGAGGACCAGAAGAAGCUGGAUGUCAUCACCAACGAUGUCUUGAAGAAGGCGCUCAAGUACACGGGCAAGCUUGGAACCAUGGCGUCGGAAGAGGAGGACGAGCCGGUGAGUGCAAGCCUGGAGGGGCUAGGAUCGGUGUUGGCCGACACCGGCAAAUAUGUGUGCGUGUUCGACCCCUUGGAUGGCAGCAGCAACGUCGAUGCCGGCAUCGCCGUUGGAACCAUCUUUGGCAUCUUCUCGGAGGAGGCGGCGGGCGCUGCAUGCGACCUUCCCACGAACAUCAAGGACCUGGAUGACGACCAAGUCAGCUGCCUUGCUGCGACGCUGCAGCCGGGAAAGAACCUCGUCGCCGCCGGCUACGUCCUCUAUUCCUGCUCAACCGAGUUGGUCUUCACCAUCGGCAGGGGCGUCGUGGGCUUCACGCUCGACAACUCCAUCGGCGAGUACGUGCUCACCCGACCCAGCAUCAAGAUUCCUGCCCGAGGAAAGAUCUAUUCCUGCAACGAGGCCAACAUUGACAAGUGGGAUGAGCCCUUCCAGCAGUACAUCAAGGACUUGACUUUGAGGGUUUGA